AUGUAUGUCUGGCCCUGUGCGCUGGUCCUCGCACAGUAUAUAUGGUUUCACCGAUCAGUCAUAACUGGCAAGAGGAUAUUAGAAGUUGGAGCAGGUGUGAGCCUCCCUGGUGUGCUGGCUGCAAAGUGUGCUGCUAAUGUAAUAUUAUCGGAUUCAGCAGCUAUGCCACAGUGCAUACAGAAUUGUUCUAGGAGCUGCAGACAGAAUCAUCUAUUGGGAGUACCGGUCAUAGGACUGACGUGGGGUGAGAUAUCACCUGAUCUCUUGGACCUUCCUCCUAUCGACAUAGUGCUGGGAUCUGAUGUCUUCUAUGAACCAAAGGAUUUUGAAGACAUUAUAGUAACUGUUCGGUUUAUAAUGGAAAGAAAUCCCAAGGCUGAAUUCUGGACAACCUAUCAAGUUAGAAGUGAGGACUGGUCGAUUGAAGCUCUGCUCUCCAAAUGGAAUCUCAAAUGUACCAACGUUCCACUGAAAAUGUUCAAUGCUGAUAAGGAAUGCUUGGCUGAAUCCAACCUUCCAGGGCGGCAUAGUAUUCAAAUGAUGAUUGUCACAUUAGAUAUGGAUAAGUUAGACUGA